CUGGUACUGGGUGCAAGACUGAAUUAACUCCAAUGGAUACAGACAAUGAAUUGCUAAACAAGGCUGAAAUGGUAGUUCUGUUUUGCAUCAUGCAUAGAAAAGCUGGACUUAGUCUUAAGGCACAUUUUCUCUCUCAGCUUCCUGACCUCUUGCCUUUGUCUGACUUCUUGUUGUAUCUAAACUUGUCAUAUAAUAAUUUGGAUUGCUUUCCUCCAGUGGUGUUUCAGCUUAACUGUUUAGAAGCACUGAAGCUCCGAAAUAACCCCAUCAAAUUCAUCCCAGGAGAGAUCUCCGCAAUGAGGAAUCUUAAAUUCUUGAUCAUGCCCUUCAAUUUGCUGACUACUCUUCCACCAGAGCUAUUUGCCCUGCCAAAUCUUCAGAGUCUUGAUGUUUCCUAUAAUGAACUCGAAUAUAUCCCUAAUGAAAUACAAAAUCUCAGAAACCUCACCUACCUGAAUGUUGAAGGGAAUCUGCUCUACUCCUUGCCUUGUGGCAUUCUGAAGCUUCAGCUGAGCCACCUGCUGGUGGAAAACAACUUUUUGCAUCCCUGUUUCUGGACGGAGAGCUUCCUGAUGCAGCCUCAGCGCCUUACUGACAUGGCUGCCCUGUGCUUCGUUAAGCACCACCUGUGGAAAAUAUAUCAGAUAUCAGAGGAGAUUCAAGAUAUUUUAAGCAACUUUGCUGGCUGCGACUGUUGCAAGGGACCCUUGUACGGAAAAGGCUUUCGUUUUAUCCUCGUUUAUAGGAACCUUCAAGGACUAAGGCUUCCCUAUCAAUUUGCAGCUUGCUCACCAGACUGCUGUAUGGCCUUUGUCACAGCUGUGCAGACCGGAUGA